AUGGUACAAGGGCGAGUGCUUGUCAUCGCGGGGUCGGACAGUUCGGGCGGAGCUGGACUCGAAGCGGAUCAGAAAGUCAUUGCUGCUCAUGGCUGCUACGCUAUGACGGCCACUACGGCGCUGACUGCGCAGAACACUCAAGGCGUCAAGGGCAUUCAUGUCAUUCCCACCGAUUUUGUAUCUCAGCAGAUCGAUGCUUGUGUUGAAGAUGUCGGUGUCGAUGUCGUCAAGACUGGCAUGCUUGCUUCUACAGAGACAAUAGAGAUGGUUGCAAAUACCAUGGUUAAGCAUAGCAUCCCUUCGCUUGUCGUGGAUCCAGUCAUGGUUUCGACUUCUGGUGCAACACUCCUCCCCAAUGAAGCCAUCCAACAUCUCUGCAAACACCUUCUGCCGCACACUACGGUCCUCACACCAAAUAUCCUGAAGCUAUUCUUAUCCUUUCUCAAAAUGGUCAAGAAGCCCCCGAGGUUCGCAUGGGUGCUCGUCAAGGGCGGACACCGACCCCUGAAGGAGGACUUGACUGUGGCCGAGACUGAGGAAGAUAGGAGUGUUGUUGUGGACGUUCUUGUUGGUGGUGAUGGUGAGGUUGUGAGAGUCAAAAGCCCGUACCAGGCGAGCUCAAGUACCCAUGGCACGGGAUGCUCCUUGGCGUCGGCCAUCGCAUCAAACUUGGCCAAGGGUCUUGAUACACCAACGGCUGUCCGAUCAGCGUGCCGAUACAUUGAAGCUGCCAUUCGAACAGCGCCUGGUCUUGGUAAAGGGCAUGGUCCCCUUAACCACUUCCACUCGACCUAUACUCUCCCAUUUUCUCCCGGCUACUUCAUCGAGUGGCUUCUCGAGCGCCCUGAUGUCCGCGACGUCUGGAAGGAGUUUGUUUACCAUCCCUUCGUCAUGGCUAUGGGUGACGGAACUCUACCUCUCGAGACCUUCAAGGGCUAUAUUAUUCAGGAUUACCUAUACUUGAUUCACUUUUCACGUGCCAACGCCCUGGCUGCCUAUAAGGCGCAAAACAUUGAAGAUAUUUCUCGAGCAACAGAAAUUGUUCAGCAUAUCAUGCAUGAACUGAAGCUUCAUACCUCAUACUGUGAGAGCUUCGGCGUCUCCAUCGAGCAAAUUCGUGCCACACCCGAGAAACAGGGCAAGUUCAAGCAGGUUCAUAGCGGCGAUUGGCUUGGUCUUCAAAUGGCUCUUGCUCCAUGCCUUCUUGGUUAUGGUGCCGCAGCUAAGAUGCUUCAUGACCAUGAGAAGACCGUCCGCGAGGGAAACACAUACUGGGCGUGGAUCAAGAACUACAAUGAAGAGGAUUACACUGAUGCUGUCAAGUUGGGCUCUGCCUUGCUCGAAAAGCAUAUUCAACUGCAGUCACCUUCGCGAAUUGAAGAGCUGGUUCAGAUAUUUAUCCAUGCCCUCAAGAUGGAAAUUGGCUUUUGGGAGAUGUUUCCUGCCCAGCAGACCUAA